GUUUCUCUGUCGAAUACUUAUGAGACAAGGGAAGUUUUAUUCUCAUCCAAGAUGGAUUCGUCUGAUCACGCGUUUGCAUGUAUGGGCAAAAGCACACCUUUCACAUGGAUGCUGGCUGGUUUCAUGGAAGAUUUUGCCUCCUGAAUCCAUCUCUCCGUGAACUCUGAAUUGGCAACUAAGUUGGGACCAUUUCGAAAUUCGGAAAGAGAAGAACUGUAUAUGAUGCCUAAAUUAGCAUCUUUGGACUCAUACACUAAAGCAAAGGGCGUUAAACCUGGGUUAUGCGAUAUUCGGGACUCUUGUCCGUGCAAGUUUGUUGGAGGAAGAAGGGUCAUCAUAUUUGAAAAUUCAUGAUGUAGUACGGGAUAUGGGAUUAUGGAUAGCAUCUGAUCUAGGGAAGCAUAAAGAAAGAUGUAUUGUGCAAACUGACAUUGGGUUAUCUGAGAUACCUAAAGUAAAGAAGUGGAAAGAUGUGAGAAAGAUGUCGUUGAUGGGUACUAGUAUUGAAAAGAUAUCAGAGAGCAGCAGCCCCGACUGUCCUGAACUCACAACUCUCUUCCUCGCGUCUAACGAACGCUUAACAACAAUCUCUGGUGAUUUUUUUCGGUCUAUGCCUAGGCUACUCGUUUUGAAUUUAUCACGUUGUUACAAUUUAAAUGGAUUGCCAGAGAAAAUAUCAAGAUUGUCUUCUCUGCGAUGUCUUGGCUUGGCAGGGACGCAGAUGGAUCGACUACCUGUUGGUUUCCAAGAGUUGAAAAUGCUAAUACAUCUGAAUUUGGAGUUCACCAAGGUUGUGAGUUGUGAUUGGAUAUCGAAUUUGUCGCGAUUGAGAACAUUGAAACUAGCAGGAUCCCAAGUGUGGCUAGAUAUGAGCCUAAUGAAGGAGCUUCAGCUCUUGAAGCAUCUGGAGUUUGUAAGCAUAAAUAUCUGUUCUAGUUUGGUGGGGAAGCUAUUGUUAUAUGAUCCCAGAGUAGGGAGAUGUAUUCAAUACAUUAAUAUUGAGGACCGUAUCAUUGCAAGUAUUCGUUUUGCCAGCAAUGGAUACUCUCCGUCGCAUCAAUAUAUGGAAAUAUGGAGGGAGGGAGAUAGAGGUAGUAGAGAAGACACCAUUGAACAAAAGUCCUACAAGUCCUCCGUGCUUCUCAAAUCUCUCUUAUGUGCAAAUAAGAGAGUGUGAUGGUCUUAAAGAUUUGACGUGGCUGCUGUUCGCGCCAAACCUUACUUCUCUUUUCGUGUUCGAGUCAAAACAACUAGAGGAGAUAAUAAGCAAAGAUAAAGCUGCGAGUGUUUUGGAGGAGACACGUAAUGAUACUCUUGUUCCUUUCAAGAAUCUAGAAGUAAUUUUUUUGGCUGAUUUGCCCGAGCUGAAGAGCAUCUUCUGGAGUGCUCCACCUUUUGAACGUCUAAAACAUUUUGCCGUCUACACGUGCGUGAAGCUGAGCAAGCUUCCAUUGGAUUCAAAAAGCAUCUUAAAGGUUGAAGAAUUCGAUUUCGAUUGCGAAGAAGAAGAAUGGAUACAAGGGAUUGAAUGGGAGGACGAAGCCACACGAAACCGUUUCUUACCUUCAUUUAAGCGGCGUGCAAAUCGUUAAAGCUUAUCCGUGGAGGAGUAUCCUCUUUUGAACUUGUUUUCAAACUCCUUUUUCAAUUCUCAUUUGUCCAAAAUAAUAAGGAGAACUAUUUCCCAUUGAAUAAAAUAACAAUAGAGAGAAUUUAGAAUAUACAUAAUUUUGAUCAAUAUUAGGUAACUACCCUAAUGGCAUCUAAAACAAUAAUCUUGGUAGCACAAUGAGCAUAAACUGACAGCUUUGCCCAUGCCCCAACAUUCAUCAUCUUUUUUUCCCUCUGUCGUGAUUUUCUAUGUCUAUCAUAUAUUUCUUCUCUUUCUAAUAAUUUGUUUUCGAUACACAGAUUACUACUCAACUUUAAUUCAAGUAAAAUUUUCUCCCCAAAUCCAGAGCCGAUUUUCCCAUCAACUCCUUAAUCGUCGUCUACACCAUUUCCAACAUAAAUUCUACACUGAUCUCCUCUUCUUCAACUCAUACUCGUCACCAUGGCAUCAAGAAAG